AUGCCCCAACUGGCUAUGCCUCCUCCUCUCAACGUCUUCCCCCCUCAAACGAUGUCGCCUAUACCACCUCAAAAACCUGCGCAAACACCACAACAGGCUUAUCCUCAAACUCAAAAAUUUAUUUUUCCUGGAUUGAUGGAGCAUUUGAAAGAAAUCCAUGCAAUUCGUGCAAGUGAGAAGUAGAAGAAGAGAGAGUGUGUAUAUUGAAGAGAAGGUUAGAGAAAAAAAAAGAAAAAAGUGAGGGAGUGAAGAAAAAUGAGAGAGACAUUCAAAGUAAACGUAAAAAAAGUCGAAGCUCUCUAUAAAAACCUCUAUAUAAGA